AUGAUCCAGGCUGUGCUGCUCCUUGGCUGUGUCUUCCCAUCCCUGGUGGUUGCCUUUCCGAACGGGGCCCUGACCCUCGAGCCAGCUGUCAUAGAGAAUGAAUAUCCACCCGGCCUGCUCUCCAGCCAGAUCCCUCGCCCAGGCCCCAGCACCUGCCAGGAUCUCUUGCACACAGUGCCCUCCUUAGCCCCUCUGCCCGAAUACCUGUCUAACGUAGCUCUGAGCAUAGCCCUGGAGGAGGUUGGCUGCUCAGCUGUGGCCCACAAUCUGCAGCUUCAGCUCAUUGCAAUGGGAGGAAAAGCCACCACUGAAACCCUCAUCCAGAAGAGUCAAAAUCGCCAUAAGGAGGAAGGGACUGGCCACACUAAGGUCAUUGUGGGGGAUCAGGGAGGAGUCACUGGGGAGCCUAAGAGGGUCCAGCGCUCAGUUACCUUGCCUGAGGCCUGUACCCAUGAACACGGGUGGUUUUACUACGAGCUGGCAGCCCUGAUGGUUGAAUUUGCCGAGAAGCUCCCUUCCACUGAUUUGGUAAGGGAGUUCAAGACAUCUGCGGUCAGUGUCACCCAGAAAUGCACAAAUGAGUCCUGGAAACAUUUGGAGGAAGUUAGCAAGAGGCUGCUGGAAAGUCCAGAACUUGAGAAUGCCACAAUGUCUACAGAGGAUCAGAUAUAUUUUGUUACUCAAACCAUAACCAUUCUGAAACGUAUUUUAGUAGAAUUUCUGCAGAAAUUUUUCCAAGUUUAUUUUGGAUAG